UUAUAUGAAGCCAACAGUUCACGUGGGCCGUCUCCCUCCACAGGCCAUCACUUGCAACCGUAGUUUUAUCAGAGAGAGAGGAGUGGGCGGUCAAGCUCUCAGCUCUUCUCCAGCAAUGGCAGCCUCCACGGAGACUUGUCGCCGCCCACAUCCGGCGGUGAUGGACAACAACCUGCGCAGCCACCGCCUUCACCAACCUACAGCAUGGGGAGCCUUCUUUCUUGGUUUCAGGCCAUGCACUCCAACGCAGUGCCAGUCCAUGAAGAACAAGGCUCAAGUAAUGAAAGAAGAGCUAAGGACGAUGAUACUAGAUUCAGGUUCUGCUGAUCUGUCUGUGAAGCUUGAGCUUGUGGAUACGCUGCAGCGGCUUGGUUUGGACUAUCACUACAAGAAGGAGAUUGAUGAUUUUCUGUGUGGGAUUCAUGAGGCCGGUGAUGAAGCCAACGAUCUUCACACGACGGCUCUGCGGUUUUAUUUGCUAAGAAAGCAGGGAUGCAAUGUUUCACCAGAUGUAUCCUUUGUUAACCGUGGGCCGUCCCAGAGAUGCUCCUUUGUUAACCGUGGGCCGUUUUCGUCUUAAUUGAAUCAGCGAGAGCGGGAGCAGUACUCCGGGCAGCAGCAAGGCAUGUCGACGGUGGAAGCAUGCAUGAAGGAGAACAACUACACCUCCAAGGAAGACGCGUACCACAAGCUCUGGGAGCUCAUAGAGGACUCGUGGAUGGACAUCACCGAGGAGCGCCUGAGGCCGCCGGCCGGGCAACCGGCGGCGCCGCUCCUUGAGGCGGUGGUGGAUGCGACACGCAUGCUGAACUUUCUGUACAAGGAUCACGACGCGUACACUGCCCCACAAGCGCUCAAAAGGGUGGCAGAUUCCAUAUACAUGGAUCCUAUAUAGCUAGAAAGGAAAAUAUUUCAAGUCGUAUAUGCAGUACAUAUAUGCAUCUAUGUCUUGUCAGAAAAUAAGUAUGCAUAUACAGAUACCUAUAAACGGAGAUCCUAUAAAGG